CAGGCCGCUUCCUCCCAACAUGGCCGGUAAGUACCCGCACCUGGACCCCCGUCAGCUCUGCGUCUUCAUCACGGGCGCCACCGCGGGCUUCGGGCAAGCGACUGCCCUUCGUUUUCUGGCGGGCGGGGCCAGGGUCGUCGCCCUGGGCCGGCGCGCGGAACGCCUCGAAGCCUUGGCUCGCCUUCAUCAAGAGCAAGAGCAUGGUUCCGGGGAGGGUCCCCGGGGCGAGAGCGAGCGGUUGCACACCAUCCAAGCGGAUGUGGGGGAUGUGGAGGGGAUGAAGGCUGCCCUGGGGGCCCUCCCCCCCGCCUUCCGGGACGUGGACGUGCUCGUCAACAAUGCCGGUUUCGCCGCGGGACUGGGCCUGGCUCAUGAGAGCAGCUUGGAAGACUGGCACGCCAUGGUGGAGACGAACAUAAAGGGCGUGCUCAACACCACGCACUUGCUGCUCCCGGGUAUGGUGGCGCGGAAAAGGGGACACGUAGUCAUGAUGGGCAGCGUGGCCUCCCGCUAUCCCUACCCCGGAGGGAACUGCUACGGGGGCACCAAAGCCUUUGUCCACCAGUUCGCCAUGAAUCUGCGGGCGGAUCUGGCGGGGACGAACGUGCGUGUGACUAACGUGCUGCCGGGCAUGUGCGAGACCGAGUUCAGCCUGGUUCGCUUCAAAGGCGACGAGGCGCGGGCUAAGAAAGUGUACGAUGGCAUGACGCCCUUGACGGCGGAGGACAUCGCAGAGGUAGUGUACUGGACGACUACACUGCCGGCUCACGUGAACGUAAAUGCGCUCGAAAUCAUGCCGGUACAGCAAGCUUUCGCCCCUUUUGCCGUGUCGCGAGGAAGUCCAUCUCCCUUGUCAAAGGGGAAGGCAGACAAAGAGGAUUCUUGAAAUAAUUUUCAAAGCCUUGGCGAAGAAGGAGGGUUGGAUUAAUGUACUUCAUGGGUUGUAAGGGAAAUAGGAAGAAAUGGGACGGCCGUGGAACUACCGGGCGUCCGACAAAAAGUUGACCGUCCACAGGCAAGCUCGGCGGCGAAUGGAGUUUGUAAGCUAUUGAAGUUUUUAAUAAGAUAAGCCGCCA